AUGUUGCGGCUUCUCCAGAAAAGGCUGUUUUCUUCACCGGCGGCAUUAUGUUUCUCCCUGUCGCCCAUGUCCGCUUUUUCGCGCUCGCUAGCUGCGGGCAAAGUGCUUCCGUCAAGCCCAGAAAUGAAAACUCCAGCAUGGGCCGAGUCUGAGUCCAACGAAAGCGCCAUUACAAAGAAAGUGGUGGGAUUGGCCAGAUCUUUGCAAGAAACAGGCCGCCCUCCAAUCUCUAUUGCAAAGAACUUCUCUAAGAACUUUGUUGCUGGUCAGUUGUACGAUCCAUUUGACUUCUCGAUGGAUCGCUUGGACAUGGAAGCGAAAUGGGAAAAGCGCAGACGUGACCCUGCCAGAAACUACAGAAAUGGCGAAAAUGAUGUUUUCGUCCGCACAGGCAUCGACCCGCUCGAUUUGUACUCGAUGCCAGAGAUUUUAUCACGGUUUGUGUCUUCUACGGGCCAGAUCUUGCCUCGGGAGGUGACUGGGUGCAACGCCAAAAACCAGAAAAAGUUGGGCAUUGCAAUCAAGAGAGCUAGAAGCGUCGGCUUGUUGUCGACAACCCACAGACACGCCAGAUACAUGCCAAAACGUAUCUUGUAA